AUGACCAUAGCGUCCAUAUCAUUUGGGUUCACGUUUGGCCAUUUGUCGGGGCUGGUCCGCUCCUUGCAGAAGAAUGAAGAUGGAAUUACUCUCACAGAAGCAGAAAUAUCCGUAAUAACUGCCAGCUUGACAUUCACAUCCAUAAUUGGAAUCAGCAUACUCGGCCUGUUCGGAGACAGAGUCGGGAGAAGAUGGAGUUUCAUUCUCUUCUCCAUACCAACGCUUAUAGGGUGGAUACUUGCGUAUGUCUCAAGAGGGUUCAUGACUUUACUAAUAUCCAGAGCAUUGUGUGGCAUGGGAGUUGGUGGAUUAUCAAUAUUGAACAUGAUUGGUGCCGCAGAAUAUACAUCUCCAAACACAAGAGCGUUUUACCAGAGUAUGAUCUCUUUGGUUGCAGCGGCGCUAGGAAUUGGUAUGGCACAUUCUCUCGGAGUUAUAAUACAUUGGAAAACUUUGUCCAUAUUCGGAAUGGUGCUAGCUAUCUUACAUAUAUGUUUACCAUAUGUAUGUGUGGAAUCUCCCCAAUGGUUGGCAUCUAGAGGAAGAUUCGAUGAGUGCCAAACGGCAUUCCGUAAAUUACAUGGUACCAAAGGGAGUAGUGAAGACGAAUUGAGGUUAUUAAUCAAAAUGGAGACUAAAAAACAGAUUGUGGCAAGCGAAUCGAAAAUGAACAACGGGUUUAAGAAGCUUUUGGAUGCUUUAAAGAAGAGAUACUUCUGGGGUUUGAUGAUGACCAGCUGUUUUGCUUACUUGUACUUUGCCUUCGCUGGCAAAGUUAUAUUCACUAAUCUAGCGACUGUUAUGUUGGAAGAAAUGACUGGAACUUCUGAUAUUUUGUUAUACACAUUGCUAGUGGAUGGUUUUGUUUUAUUAGGGACAUGUCUUUCUUGUGUUUUGAUUAAGAAAAUGUCUGUCCGUGUUCUGUUAUUCACAUCUGGUGUCACUGCUAAUGUAUUAUUAUUGAUUUUGAGUAUUUGUUUGUAUUUUAAGAACGACGAGGAGUAUUUUCAGUGGAUCAUUGUUGUUUUGCUUGCGUUUUAUUUCAUUAUUGCUAACGCUGGACCUUAUCCAGUGAUGGAUAUAUUGUUAGGGGAACUGUUUCCUCUAGAAAUCAAGUUGUAUUGUUUUUUACUGUCUACACCUACAAUGGGAGGGACACUUUGUGCCAGUAUCAUGCUAAUGCCAAUACUGGUUACUGCAGUGGGUUACCAUGGUCUGUUUUUCAUCAAUGCAAUGGUUGUGUUCGUUUGCUUGGGUUACUUCUGGCUAAGGUUGCCGGAAACGAAAGGUAAGACUCUGCAAGAGAUCGAGAUGUAUUUUAAAACGAAAGAUUUUGAUGUGGCAAAUAUUGUGAAGGAACAAAAUAAACCUUUAGUAUGA